CACAAUUGGUUGCUGUCACUGUGACGUCAUCAGAUUUCUAAAUUUAUCAACUGUAGUUCGCACUAUCGCUAAGACUUCAUAUAAAGAACAAAUCCUUAUAUUAUUUCAAGAUUUACGCAAUCUUUUGGAUAUAUUGUCAUAUAUUAAACAAUAUCACAGUACGAAAGCAGGUUGAAUGUCGCAUCCAACAAAAGGUAACGAGUUUCGAAAUUUGCUGAUAUAACUUAUAAUAUAACACAGUAACAGUGUUGUAAGUGACUACAGUCCUACAGUAGUGUAGUAUAAUUGACUGCUGUCUGAUCUUGGGAUAAUAAUAAGGGAAGCAAGUUUUAUCAUCAGAAAUGAACAUCUUUAAGAAUUUAUCAUCUUUCUUUUUUUUAAAAAUGUGGACUUGUUAGUAAUGUUACAACCAUCAGGAACCUUAUGCCUUAUAUAAGUUAUAUUAUAUAGCCAACCAUUGAAGUACCUGGCAUAUGCAGACAAUAUAGCGCUACUGGGUAGAAACAGUAAUGACAUAAUUAAAGUUAAAGCAUUCAGGGAAAUUGAAAAUGCCUCAGUUAAAGCUGCUCUAGAUGUAAAUGAACUGAAGACAAAAUAUAUGAUAAUGUCGUGAAACUCCCAUGCUGAUAACAACACUAAUAUAAACAACCACAAAUUUGAGAGAAUGGCUACAUUCAAAUAUUUAGGGGCAACUAUAAACAAGCACAAUCAAAUAAUGUCCUAGGUGAAGAAAAGGGUAACAGCAAGCAACCGUUCCUAUUUCAGCCUACAAAAGCUACUGGGAAGCAAAAACCUCUCAAGGGAACAAAGAAGACACUAUACACCACUAUCAUGAGACCAGUAGUAACUUAUUCUAGUGAGACUUGGACCCUUACCAGAAAAGCAGAGAACCUCCUCAAUACAUGGGAGAGGAAAAUCCCUAGAAUAAUAAUAUAUGCGGCCCAGUGAUAGAAAAUGAUCUGGAGGAUCUAUACAAACCAAGAGCUAUACCAAUUGUACAAAGACCCACCCAUAGUUGGAACAAUAAAAAAAGGCAGACUGGUCUGGGCAGAACAUAUUGAAAAGAGCAGCAAAAGUGAUAUACAAACAGAAACCUAGGGGCAGACGACUCACUGGUCGACCAAGGCUGAGAUGGAUCGACGAUGUAGAGAAGGAUUUACACCAUUUGGGGGUUCGUGCAUGGAGCCGAAAGCCACGGAUCGUUUCGAAUACAAGGAUGUGGUAUAGCAGGCCAGGGCCCUACAUGGGCUGUAGCGCCACUUAUGAUGAUUACGAUGUUAUUAAUGUUAUUUGCUCUUUUUAUUUUAUUUUUUCGCUCCCCCGGUGUUAAAACUUGGCUAUGCUACUGGCUGUGUGUCGUUAUAGAUUUAGUAACAAAAGAUUUUUAAAGAGCCACAUCUAUUCAUUCAAAAAGCCAUGGGUUGGUGACCACUGGUCUAAAUAAAGUUUAUGAGGAUGCCACAUUUCCUUAUCAUUCCCGAUAGUUUUCUAAUAAAUUACAGUAGAACCUGGUUAUAUUGACGGCCUCAGGGUUUGCCAAAAAGUGUAGAGAUAACGGAUGAUCAAGAUAAACGAAAACGAAUAUGGCGGCAAUAUAUUAAUAUGUGCUUGAAAUUUCUUUAUGUACGUGAUGUGCCUUAUUAAUGUAGGUACUUAAGUUUUUUAAAAAAUAAAAAUAUUACAGUUAUUUCAAGCAAAUUUCAAAUUUUAAAAAAUGAAACCAGAAUCAACUUUUUAACUUAAGAACCUUUUGAGCUACAAAUUUUUAAAGUGCGAGUUCGUUUGGUAUUUUCUACUAUGGACAAAGCCUCCACAUUUUGUAACCUCAUUCUGCUGAUCGUGUCUUGCGCAAUGACUAUAUAGUUUAUAUAAGGCAACGCAUCACCUUAUUUCUAAAAUACUAUUUAGUAUUUAGGGACUACUUAUUUUGAACUUUCAACUUGGCACUUGACUAUUCAAUUAAAGCACUAGCCAUAUGCAAGUGACCAUGAAUGGGUGCGACAUCGUUUUGCACACAGCAAAUUAUGAUCAUCUAUAAUAUGGACUCUACCGGGUUUUACACCUCGAUUUAAAACAUAUUUAUUUAAGUUACUUUCAUGUUCAUUCUAAAACACAAGUCCUGUAUUUUGAGAAAUAAAUAAUUAUUUUUAAUUAUAAAAAACUUGUUUAUUUGUUGUUUGCUAUUUCUUCUUGCGGAGUUCAAAAGCCGGCAAUUGGUCAUGGGGUUUGAGAUAACUGAGGCUGUGUGGCAAAUUUGGCCGCCUUUUUUGCUCGAGAUAUCAGGUUCAGCGACAUAAAAGAAUCGACAUAACUGAGUAGAAAAUGCUAAGACAAAGAGAGAAUUUGGUGGUUCCACUUCAAAAACGUCAACAUAACAGAGUUCGACUUUAUCACUUUUUUCUACAAAUAUUUAAUGAUUAAAAAAUUUACGAGCCUACAUAAUCCAAGUGCUUUUCCUUUUGAAGGUAUUUUCUGUAGCACACCGAGUAUCAUCACACACAAAAUAAAUCAUUAGUGAAAUGUUUUAUUGAGGAAAUUAAUUUUUUAUAAUUUUUAAAUAUGUCACAUUCUAUUUUUGAAAGUAUUGUGUACUUGUGGGGGUAUAUAUAUGCAUAUAUUAUGAUAUAAGCUGCAUGUUUAAAAGUUUAAGUAAAUUCAGCCUUGAAUCAAUGUUAUGAUUCCAAUCAACUUUGUCACUCAUGCAUGUACUUAGAUCUUGUAGGUAAGUUGAUACUUUUAUUAUAUCUGUUGUUGGCUUGUCAAAUUUAUUUACAAAUUUAAUCAAUGUAAAAAAAAAGCCUAUGUAUAAAUAUAUGAUUUUACUCUACAGAUCAGGCCUAUGGUACACCAGUUCAAGGUGGCUACUUUCAGAAUCAGCAGCAAGGACCACCACAGAUGGCUCAGUAUCCUCCACCUACUUACUCGUAUGCACCUCCUCCAUACUCGAGUCAACCUUAUCCUGGAGCUCAUUUUCAACAAGCUCAGCAGUACACUUACACAACAGGUCAUUUAUUAUAGAUUAACACACAAUUUAUAACAUUUACUUUGUUAUCUUUUUGAUAAAUAUAAAUUAAGAAGAAAAUGUUCCAUAAGUUUAAUAAUCAAUCUGAGAUAGAAGUGUAACAUUUGCUCUGUUUACUUUUGUUAAUCAUAAUUAUUAUAUCUUAAUAAUAUUCUUUUAUUUGAUUUGAAAUAUUGAAACGAUAGGCAACAUAAAACAUUAAUAUUUAAAUAAUCUAAGUAAUAAAUUUUUAAAGUUUAAUCUAAAUUUGAAGAAAACAAAAGAUUUCUUUGAGCUGUGAGCUGUUUAUAGCAUCUUUGGGAUUGGAAACUUAAACUGUCUGUAACUCCCUGUUAAAUUACAGGUGUACCCCAACCAUCCCAGCCCUAUCCUGGUGCUCAUGGUAUGAUGGCACAAGGACCACCACCACCUUAUACUGCUUACCAGCAUGCAGUGAGUAUACAUCAUCUUAGACUCCAUGUGUGGAAUUACAUUUCAAUUCUAGUUUGUUUAAUCUGACUUUUAAGAUUUUAAAGAUUUAAAUCCAUUCACUUUUAAAGCAGUGUAAUUCGAUGAUUUUCACAUCCUAAACAACUCAAAAUUAUAUUUUUAAAUUUUAAAUGGAAUCCCAGAAGGGAAACAUAUUUUAAUAUUUAUCUUGUUUGAAUACAGAAGAUGUUAUGAUGGAUGAAAUAGUUGUUGAACUUUUAAAAAGAGAUUCCCUUGAAUAACCUUAAUUACAAACUUCUUAAUUUUAAAAAAGAUAAGCUAUUUUCUUAAAUUUCUUUAAAAUUAGAUGUGUAUUGAAUUUGAUCUUACUUUAAGGAUUACAUUUUGAUAAAUUCAUGUCAUUACAAAUUUUGCUUUGGUUUGCUUAUGAGUUUUAUUGAAUUUUCUCCUUGUUACUUCCAGUAUAGUGUUGGAUAUCCAACUCAACAUGGAUAUAGUAUCCAGCAAACUCACAAUGCUGUGGCCCAGUUUGACUCAGGAGCCAGAUUUGAUGGCAUCGCAACUCAACACAUUCCAGUAAUUUUCAAUUUAUCUAAAGGGGUUAAUGAAGUAAACUGAUUUAAUUUGUUUAGACUCAUCUGUCUGGGGUUUUCAGACGUAGAACAUAAUUGAAAGAAUAAGUACAGUCUUUGGUCUUUUGACUCAAACACAUUAUUGAUUCAAACUCGCCUCAGUCCCACUUAAGCUCUUCACUCAGCCAAUAUGGCAUUGUAUUUCUAUCCAUGUAGGAAGAUCCCCUCAGGUUUCUACCUACAGACUUAGGUCUCAACUGUCCUUGACCCUGAGAAAAAAAAUGUGUGUACAUUUUAAUCCCAUUUCUUAAAUAUUUUAAGCAUUCAUUAUUGAUGAUUUGAAAAAUAUUUUUAGCAUAUUGAAGAUAAUUUGAAAUAAUUUUGUAUAUAUUUUUGAAAGGUUAGAGGACAGUGUAAACAUAGUAAAUUAUCAUAGAAAAGUAUCUUCCGUAAUUAAAAUAUUGAGGAAAAAAUCACUUAUAACAAUCAUCUCAUCAAGAUAAAAAUUAAAACUAAUGGCAUUUCCGUAGAAGACCUUACAUUUAGGUUGUUCCCAUGGGUAACACUUAAGCUCAGAGAACAUAAAUAUUAUAAAAAUAAGAUUUUUUAAAACUUGCACAGAUAUACUUUUUGUCCAAAGCUACAAAGAUCCUCAGUGAAGUUAGUUAAACAUUUUAAAAUUAUUCCUUGCAGCCCCCACCACCAGGUUGCGCACCAAAUGCUGCUCAGAUGGCUGUUGCUCAAGGAGGCACAGUCUUGGCCACUCAGAAAAAGGCAGGUUGGUUCACUGGAGGAAGUGGAGGUGGCGUGUCCUUUUGGUAACAUUUAGGGAAUCUUAAUCUUUUGAAACAAAGAUUGCAUAACAACUGCAGUAUAAAAGAAUAAAAUAGAUACCAAGGAUUAAGAUGCUGACGGGAUAGUACAAAGAUUUUAUGUAAUCAGAAACUCAGGGUGAACUUUUACAAAUUUUGUUCAGGUCAUUCUUGUAAUAAUUAAUUUUGACAAAAUUCUUAAAUAACUCUUGAUCAGCUUAUUUCUAUAAAUUGUAAUUACUAUAUAAUUUUUUUAGUGCUUGCUUAUAAAUUGGUUGUAAGCUUAGUAGCCUUAUUUAUUAGAUUUUUUAAAGGUUCAACAUUGAAAAGCUUUUAGCAUCAGUACUCUCACAGUUUGCUUUCACAUGAGUGUCUUUAAUUAAAGUAUUUACAGAUUCUACUAGAGAGCUAGAUUUUAGAAUGGAAAAAAUAAGAAAUGUUUUGUACCGUUUCCCUUAGAAAUUUUUUUUUACCAUUGUUCUAUUUUCAAGUGACAUUUUAAUUUCUGUGUCCAAAGUAAAUAAAUAAUAAUAGCAUUGUAUUUUAAACUUUUUUUUUAAUGGCUUUAAAAUAUGACUGGCGUGAAAGGAAAUUGUUUUGAAAAAAUUCAAUUACUCAGUUGUGAAAAUAAAGAGAUUUCUCUAUUGAAAAAAACUAUUUGAUCCAAUUUUAUCAGUCUUAUUUGGGCCUUUUCAGUGAAGCUGGAUCUCAAAUCACUCAUUUAAGAGAAAAAUUGAUUUUAUAUAAGUAAUUGUUGUUUGUUGAAAUGAUCUGUGAUUUUAAGUACAGUGUACUUUUCUUCAUCUUAAUAUUUUGAAUAUACAGUAUUUAAACAUUUUUAAAUUUUAAUAGAUUUCAAAACACAAAAAUAUUGUUUUGAAAAAGAAUUAAAACACACACUUAUAUGAAUGCUGGAUGGCUAAUAUAAAAAGUUUUAAUUUUUUUUAAACACUAGAUUGCAGCUCAUUGCAUGCAAUACCACUACAUUUCUUUUCAGUAAAUGUUUAAAAUGCUUUUUAAAAACUAUUUCAAUUGAUUGAUUUGUUUUUUUAAAUAACAGAGUUCCUUCCUCAUCUGUAAAAUAUUUUAUGAGAUACAUUGUGCCAUGAAAUAACAAUGGGACCAGGUAUUUUAGUUAUAAUUUUUGUACUUGAUAUUUUUUAAAAUCAUUUACAUUUUUUAAAAGAAGCAAAAUAAUGCUACCUAUUACAAAUUCUUUUUUUUUUGCUUUCAGUUUAUAUUUAUCUGAGUCACUUGAUAAUUAAACAUAAUGCAGCUAAAUUCAGGGUUUCAUGCAAAUAAAAUUAUGUAAGAAUUACAUGUGGAGCAUAAUUUCCUGUAAUACUUUCUUUUUGUGCCUUGACUUAAGGAUCUAAAAAAAAUAAUUAAUUUUUAGUGAAAUUCUGUUAAAUAUACAGUUAAAUAUGCAGCACUGGGGAAACGGCAGAGAUUUUAAAUUGAACUGUCUUUUAAGCUUAUAGUAAUUUCUGAAGAAUGAAGACAUAUUUUUAUAAGAAGAAAUUUGAUAUUGAUUAAAAAAAUAAGUGCAAAGAUAUGACUUUAGAACCUCAAAAUUUCCAAUUAUUUCUUUUCACUUUUUAUUUAUAACAAUUAAGUUAAUUAACUAAUCUGUCAUAUGCAAAUUUAAAAGGCAGCCAAAUUAAUUUUUCAUUUUAAAGUUUUAUUGUCUUAUCUUGAAGUCUAAGUGCAAUUUAAAACAAAAAAUACAAAAUGGUCCACUAUUAAAUGUAUUUGUAAAUAUAAUUCUAACAAAUUAUUGCAUACAUUUUAUUCUGUGACAUACAGACAAGAUAAGAUUAUCAAUUUUAUACCCUGGUACGCAUCUAAAAUUUUACAAUUAUUGUAAAUAUGUUUUGGUUGUACUUGUAUAAUAAUAAUCCUUGUACACUAAUUUAAUUAUAUUCCUUUACAUUAUUUGUCAAUAUAAUUUCCAUAUAAAAACUAUUUUGUGCAUUUGAUGUGAUAUUAAAAUUUGUUUAUAAAACAAUACCAUUUAUCUGGUUGUUUUAUUAUUAAAAAGUUAGUUGUUUUUUUAAUGGGAGACCUUGAAAAUAAAUUAAAGCACCUGCACACACAAAAUUAAAUAUUGGUCUGUUUUCCUUUAUUGUAGAUCCAAAAUUAAUAAUUAUAAAACAUCAUAUAUUUAUAACAGGAAUAU